AUGAAAUUUAAGAUGACCAAUCAGAAUUCACACUUACAAGAAAGAGGGAAACCCCAGCUGUCAUAUUCUAAAUGCAAAAAAUCCAUAAUAACAUAUUCUAUACUUGUAGUAGGAAUAAUCUGCACAAAUGUUAGACUAAUAAAAGCAUCUAUGAUACCCGCCAACGCACCAGUACAAGCGCACUCCCCACAAGUAAAUACACACAGAGGAAUAAUUAGUGCUCUGCGUAACAUAGACUCGGCUGCAAUUGAAAGAGAAGAUGCUAGUCAAUAUGCAAAUAAUAUGCUAAAUGCAUCAAUACAAAAAUAUGAAAAAAAUACAAUAGCUUCUAAUAAUAGCACUGAAAAGCCAGAAAGAAAUGUAAGAAGCCCCCGGGAAACCCACUCGCAGAAUUAUUUGGACUACUUUUAUAUUACGGGCCAGAUAAAUAAGUUUGAAUUAAUUUUUAACAAUAUUACAGGGGUAGAGUUUAAUGCUUAUUUGUAUAAUUCGCAAGAGCAUCAAAAUUACAGAUGGUUUAGUAGUUUUCAAAUUUCCGACGGGGAUAGAUAUUUUGAAGAAUUAAUACAAAAAUUUGUUAUUAACAAUGAUAUAAAAAAGCAAAGUAGCAAUUCUUCUGAAUUGUUUAAUAUAUUGAGCCAGAGCCCAAAAAUUAUAGAUUUGCCCAUUCUUAGUGCAAGAAUACAUGAAUACUAUCCAUUUAUAAAAGAAGACUUUAAAGACAUGAUUGAAACAGACUAUAAAAUAAAAAAUCCAAAUAAACAAAAAGGUUUAUUGGAAGAGUAUGGAAUGAAUGAUGAACAAGUAGCUACCAUGUUUUUAGGAUUAAUUUUUUUGCCCAAAUUAUACAAACCCUAUUCCUUUAAAGAUAUAACAAAGUAUAACAACUCUAACGAGUUCAUAGAUAAAAUAGUUGACUACUCGACACUAGACACAAUUUCAAGUAGUUUGAAUAAUCUUAAAGAAGACAUAAACAAGCUCCAAAAAAGCUUAACCAUGUUUAUUAGCGAUAUUUUCUAUGAGAUAUCAAAUUUUGGAAUAUACCACCCGAAAUUUAAUGUAACUAAAGAAAGAGCAUACGUUGAUUCCAACUACUAUUUAUUUAACAUAGAUUUAAGAAACAAUAGCAAAAGCACUUCUGAAUUAAAAAUAAGUCAACUUAAAAAGACAUGGAAAUUUACAAGCAACUGCUUUGUUCAUCAGCUAUCUGGAGUGCUUAAGCUUAUUCAAAAUAUAUCAAAUAUAGAAACAACAUGUGGAUUAAAAGAUUUAAAAGACUUUUUGCAUAACGAAACAUCUGACCAUACUAUGAAUGACGAGUAUUUCAAAAAAAUGGACUCUAGACUAGAAAAUGCAAAAAAAAGCAUUGCUAAUGUUAAUACAUGUAAUGCCAAUGUGCAUGAUGCCAAUUUCAUGUUUAACGAAAUAAUGUAUUUAGUAACCACGACAAUGGAUCUGCUAAAUUUAAUUCUAGAAAGCUUUGAAAAUAAGCUAGAGAACUUACAUGAAUACAAUGUAUUAACCAAUAAGACAAGCCCAUUCUAUCCACUGGAUAAAAGCAGUAAUGAGCUCAGUGGAGCCAUGAAGAGCAUAGAAUCCUAUGUAGAUUAUAUACAGAGAGUAGCAAAAUAUGCCAAUGAGUACAUAGGAAUAACAAACAACGAAAUUUACUUUGAUAAAAAAGUGUAUACUAUGGAUUUUAUAAAAGAUCUCUCUUCUCUGCCCUCUGUUGUUUAUAUAUCUCCUAAUGCCACAAAAAGCACAACAGCUGUUUGUUCUUACAACAGUGCUGCAAUCCAGCUGGCAUUGAAUACGUUUCUGGCUAUCUUUACAGCAGGCGCCUAUGCUUUUCAAAAGCUUUUCUUGGGUAAUUAUUAA